GUCCAGGGAACCAACGACAGCAGCGUGGUGAGCAAAGUGUCUGCAGCAGCUCAGGGCUACUUCAAGGACGACUUUCUCCAACGCUUUGUGUGCAAAGUAGCAAGAAGAGCUCCACUCAUCAACAGCUCAGGAUUUUACAGCAGAACUCUGCGUUGAGAGUCCAAAAAUGGGUGAUGAAUUCACGAUGCACGACCACGUGAAUCUCGAAGAAAACAAUCAGAAUGGCAUCAAACCUGACACUCUGUUUCUGGUUUUGGAAAACGCUGCUUCUUCUGUUGAUGGUAGCUGCAGACCCUCCUCUCAUCACCAUCAUGAUCCUCCACAUGAACGCUGGAUCAUCCAGCUACUGAAUGUUCGAGCUCCACGUAGAAAUCACCAAUGUCCAUGAAAGCACGUCUAACACCAGUCCUGAUGUGAUGCCGUGAUGUCCCGUGAUCUCCUGACUCGUGACAGUUCCUACUCUCACAUGUUGCGUGAUUAUUACCAUGACACACAUGGAACAUUUGCUCACACCAUGCUUAUUAAUAAUAUUUAUACUACUGGUUCUAGGGGCUACUAUGUGCGAUGGAGAGCUGUGGAUCACUGUGUGAGGCGGUUUCUUCAGGUUACUGCAACAUGCACCAACAGACAGAUUCUGUCUCUGGGUGCAGGGUUCGACUCCUUGUAUUUCCGUCUACAUGCAGAUGGAGCUCUAGACAGGGUUGUUGUUUUCGAAGUGGAUUUUCCCGACGUCACGCGACGAAAAGCCGCCCUGAUCGACUCUAAUGUUACACUAAAGGGGAUGCUGGACCCCCAUGAACCUUCUUCUGCAGGACCUGUACUGGUGUCCAGCAGUCGGUACCGUCUGUUAGGGGUGGAUGUCAGGGAGGAGAAGCAGGUGGAGGAGGCCCUGUGUGCAGCCGGGCUGGACUGGGCUGCUCCCACGCUGAUCCUCUCUGAGGUGGUUCUCACCUACAUGGAAACUCAAAGGUCAGACGCCGUCAUCAGUUGGGCAGCGAAGCUUCUGCCUCAGUCUGUGUUUGUGAUGUACGAGCAGAUCCAUCCACACGAUGCCUUCGGUCGAAUCAUGCAAGAACAUUUCGUGAAGCUGAAUUCAACUCUGCACGCUCUCCAACAAUACCCAGACACCUCGGCACAGAGGCGACGCUUCCUGGACAAGGGCUGGGAUCAGUGUGUGUGUCUGGAUAUGAAUGACUUCUACUUGGGGCUGGUCCCUGAGGAGGAGCGAGGUCGAGUGGAGAGCCUGGAGCCUUUCGAUGAAUACGAGGAGUGGCACCAGAAGUGUUCCCACUACUUCAUCCUGACGGCAUCUCGAGGCUGUUUGACGGCGCCGGCUUUACUCGCUCAUCCUCCAGUAUCUCCAGUACCACCUAUAAACCCCUGCUGGAGCCCCACAGUGCUGAACAUGCAGACCUUACCGGUGUUCAUGGAGGGGCUGGGGAUGGCCUCCACCUCGGUGAGUCCGGGGCAGCUGCUGCUGACCGGAGGCUCCAGCAGAGGAGGCCGAGGGGCAGCGAGCAGAAUCCUCCUCAGAGGUCAGGAGGGCUGGAGAUCCGUCAGCGUGGAGGCAUCUGCAGAUCUGGGAGUGAGACUCCACCACACGGCUACUGCUCUACCUGGAGGAGGCGUCCUGGUGUUGGGAGGUCGAUCCUCUCCGCUCAGCCCGACCAGAGGCCUCUUCAGAGUAACUGUUGGUCCUCUGGAGGGUGGAGAUGCAGUGAAGGUUAAUGUGGAGCAGCUGGUCUGUACUGGAGAUCCGCCACCGCCAAGAUGGAGACACACAGCGACUGUGGUCAGACACAAAGGCAGAAACUUUCUGUGCAUUUUUGGAGGAAAGAACAAAUCAGUGGCAGUGCUGGGCGACGUCUUCUUCCUGGAUCUGGAUCAGCAGCACUGGACUGAGAUUCCAGUAGAGGGCGCUGCUCCAGAGCCUCGUCAUUCCCACUCAGCUUGUUCAUAUAAUGGAGGUUUGGUGAUGUUUGGAGGCCUGAACAGACGCGGAGUUCUGCUGGGAGACACGGUACUGUUGAGGCCGACUGAAGGAGGCUUCAUCUGGGAGAGAAUAAACGUGCAGCCUUCUCCUGUUCCCAGAUACUCUCAUUGUGCCCAUGUGUGUGGGCAGAAGCUGGUCUUAGUGGGAGGAGUCUGGCUGCAUUCAGACGGUGUUCCAGGCGUCGUUGUGAUCGACAUGGAAACAUGCAGCAGCGUGGAGUUCAGUCUGAACACGAGCUCGGUGCCGUGGCCUCUGAUGCUCCAAUCGUUCUGCUCAGAGCUGACGGGCCCAGAGGAGCUGAUCCUGGUUGGUGGAGGAGGAAACUGUUUCUCCUUUGGGACUCACUGGAACCCUCAGAUUGUCAGUCUGGACCUCAGACCUGCUCUGGGAUGAAGCAGCCUCAAACUAAACAUUUAAACAGGUUAAACAGAGCUGACCUCAGGCCUCAUAAUUACACAAAAAAACCAACUGUUAACUUGUAAUUAUAGGAAAACAUUAAAGUGGUUGUCAUCACUAUGUAUUUAGGCAGACAGAGGCUUUAUAGUGCUACCUGGUUUAAUGGACCUUCACUAUCUACUUAAAAAUGAAUAAAAUUAUUUUUCUUACAAGAGAA